CACAACUAUAAAUAAGGGAUUUCCUGAUAAACCCCCGUUUUCUUGUCUGCGCAUUGUUCUGUUCAUUGCGGCUAGGGUUUCACCAAACUGCUAUUCCUUUAUGCCUUUAACAUAGAUCUGUUUUAUUUAUCAUAUAACCAUGAAUGAAGAGUUCAAUUAAGGAUUUCUGUUUCUGAUAUAUCUGAAAAGCCUUUGGGUUUUUCUUCUGGUGGCUGAAAAAUGGCGACAGCGAACCCAUUUGAUUUGUUGGGAGACGAUGAUACGGAGGACAUGUCGCAGCUUAUGCAAAAAAUCGAGCCGAAGAAAGCCCUAACUCCCUCGGCCGCGCCAAAGCAUCAGCCGCAAACUAAGCCAGCGGCUGAUGCGGCGAAUGCUAAGCUUCCCUCAAAGCCUCUUCCCCCGGCUCAGGCUGUCAGAGAAGCAAAAUUUGACUCUGCACGAGGAGGCCGUGGUGGACGAGGAUAUGGGCGCGGGCAUACUCGUGGCCGUGGUUACGAUAGAGACUCAACCAACAACGAGAAUUCGUAUGGAAAUAUGGAAAUUUCAGGUGGUCAAGGUGCAUCUGGAGAAGCCGAUUCCAGAAAGCCUUUUGAAAGGCGUAGUGGCUAUGGUGGACCUCGUGGUCCUUAUGGAGGUGGUCGCCGAGGUGGCUUCAGCAAUGGAGAAGUGGGGGAAGGUGAACAGGAAAGGCGGCGUCAGGUCUUUGAUCGCCGUAGUGGCUCUGGGCAGGGAAAUGAGAUAAAACGUGAAGGAUCUGGCAGAGGUAAUUGGGGAGCUCAGACUGAUGAACUGGCUGAAGUUACUGAGGAAGUUGUCAAUGAAGGUGAGAAAAAUCUGAAUGAUGAGAAGCCCUCAGGAGAGGAGGAUGCAGCACAUGGAAACAAGGAAACUUCUGCAAUUGAAAUUGAAGAGAAGGAACCUGAGGAUAAGAAUCUCAAGAGACCGGCAAACAAACACACAACUAUAAAUAAGGGAUUUCCUGAUAAACCCCCGUUUUCUUGUCUGCGCAUUGUUCUGUUCAUUGCGGCUAGGGUUUCACCAAACUGCUAUUCCUUUAUGCCUUUAACAUAG